AUGUACAGGGAUUCCAUAUACAUUGAUUGGGGAGUGGGGGGGCAAUUUUUUUUUUUUUUAGAGAGUGCAAAUGAGAAUCUCUUCAUUUGCAUUGCUGUAUGUGUAAGAAACAAUUGGAAAUGCAGAUAUUGAUGUUGUAUAAAAUAUAAAUUAUGCUUGUAGUAUUUAUAUUAUGUACUGUCACUUGCUUUGUCUUAGGAGGAAGUGUCUACACUAAUAACCGAUGUACAGAGAGAAAGGAGAAGUUUGGAGGAGCACAUUAGUAAACUCACCAACAACAAGACCCGCAUUUCAGUAAGUGCAAUCUGAUAUGUCACAAGAGUGAGUGAUUUAUCGUAUCUAUCUUAGUGAGUAAGUGUUAAAUGUAUCACAGAUUGUAUCUAUCGUAGUGAGUGAUCAUACAUAUAACAGUGUGUCUGACAGACUGUAUCUAUCAUAAUGAGUGGCUGAGGGAUCAUAAGUAUUACAGUGGUCACUGACUUUGUGAAUGAGUUUAUCUGUUACUUGGUGAGUGACUGAGUAAUCUUGUCUAUCACAGUGAGUGGCCGAAUAAACAUAUCUGUGACAAUGAAUGGCUAACUUAGCAAUUGUAUCCAUCAUAUUUAAUGUGAUCAUCUUUCUCACAGUGGAUGCUUGGCUGUGUGACCUUGAUUUUCACUUAGAAUCACUGGCGGUGUAAUCUGUUCAAAUCUAUUCAAAGGCACUAAACCAAACGGCCAUUUACAGAAACAUGAUUUACUGCAUCAAUACAUGGAGAAGCAUUGAAAAAGAAUAAUAUAGGAAAGUUGACAGUAGGGAAAGAGAAAGAGGAAAGAUAUUCCAUCUUCUCAAUUAAGCAGCUGAAGCCGGGGUGUCAUCAAAGAGCAUGAAUCUCACUGCCCCAUCUCAAGGCUCAGGGCUAUGUAUCCGUUGAUGGGGCUUCUUCCUCUUGCAUGGAGACAGGGAAGAAAAGGGAGGACAACUCAAAUGCACACAAACUGUUAUGUUUGUAUCCAUCUCACAAAAUGGAUGCUUGCAGUCAGACAUCUCAAUAGUGGCUGAACUGCAUGCAUAACUCCCAACAUUUUAGAGGGUCCCUUUAAUUUUAGGUGCAUGACCAGGGGCAGGCCUGUUCUUAGAAACUUUAGGUGACUUACUAAUAAUAAUUUAUGUAACUGAAAUAUAAUUCAAGACAAGAAUAAUGUGUUUACAUUUCUAAACACAUUUAUUAUAGUUUAAAGGCACAUUACUGCGCUUAUUAUUGCUGUGGAGUUCUAUUAUACACUCAGACACACCAACAAUAUGGAGCUUCUUGAAAAGAGGGACGGGGGAUUUGCAGCGAAAAUAAGGAAUUUCCCUCUUAAAUAGGGAUACUCGGGAGGUAUGCCGUGUGGUGCUACAGCAUGGCCACUGGGAAGGGCAACCAAUUGUACCACUACUGCAUGAGAGUCCUGUAAUAGCUGAGUAGGAACUAGUGUGAUUUUGGCACUAAUGCUACAAGAGGACUUCAUCUAUAUGAUUAUUGCUGCUGUACCUCUUUAAAUAGUGAGGCCAUUUGCCAUAUUCUAUUUAGUGGCACUUCAUUUGGAGUUAGUAUUUUUAUAUUUGGCUGAAUCCAUUUGAGGUGUAACGCGUUGAGUCAAAACUUUCCACACCAUAGUGGUGAACACGCAGGUUUCCGUUUACUGAAAAAAUGCUGUGUGCUUGUGACUAGGAGUGUGAGAUCAUUGUGUACUUUUUUUCAUUUACACAAUGAAAUGCCCACAUAACACACCGAGAUUAGGGAACCAGUCACAAAUAGGUAGACAGAUGCCCUUGUGGAUUGUCCUUUACAAAGUUUGUGAUAAGACUUUGCUAUGGGAAAAGCAACUGUGUAGGUGAGAUAAAAUUAAAAGGAGUGGUGAAAAUAUUAACAAUACAAAUGACUAACAAGCACAUAUUGUUCCAAAACUGAAAAACAGAGAUUUGUUACAACUCCAGAUAACAUGACUCUACGUGUAGGCGGGAAGCAGGGGUGUAAAAAUCGGAAUCAUAUUUUUAUUUUGCAUUUCCCACAUCUGUUUUGGAAAAAAAUAUAUUGUUUUUGCUGUGACCUCAUUGGCUUAUACACUAAAUGUAAAGUUUGUUAAAAACUUCAGAGAUGAAAUGUUAUUCCGAGCAGUGUCAACCGUGGGUAAUAAAAAGAGCUGGGCAAAAGCAAUAUCAUUUGGAAUUCUAAGUAUAGCUUUUCAGGUAAAACAACUUACUGUUAUUAUUAUUAUUAUUAGAAUAGUUGUGUCAAAUUUAGAUUUUUUUAAAUCUCUCGAUACAGAAUAUUUGAUUAUUGCGUUGUUUUAAUUUCCCACUAUUAUAUGUGAAAUUGUCAACUAAACAAAUUGUCAACUAAGCAGCUGAAUAACAAUGGUUAACAUUUUGAAAAAGUGCAGCAUUUUAUUUAUUUAUUUUGAGAAAUGUGAUUUCAAUUGUGUCUAUACUACAUAAAUAACAAGUAACGCAAUGAAGCAUAAUAUCUACCCAUAGGACUGUCUGGGCUAUGUGCGGUGCCUUUAGCUGGGUGAUAUAAUAACCUACAAACAGUUCAGAUACAAGAUGAUGUCUAGAACAGAACCAGGGUGGGAGCCAGGAUACCAGAGAUCAAGACUAGACAAAUAAUAGGUGGAUAUACCAAAGUCAAUAUAAUAGAAAUACAUGCUCGAGCCACAAUAAGGCAGCAGUGAGUCAUCUGUGGCUCUGAGUUUAAAUGCUAUUAGAUUUGGUGCCAAUUUGUAGGGCUAUUCUCACUAAGAAUUGCAGGGAAUUCAAAGUGAAUUCUAAAUUUAAGGCCAAAAUGGAAGUCAACUAAGCUUCCAACUCAGCUACUUUGGCCUUUGAAAUUCACUUUGAAUUCCCAACAUUUCUCCAUUUAGUAAAUGACCCUGUAGGUUUCACCAGAUGUACAUAUUGAGCAUGUUUUUUUUCAAUUCAACAUGGCCCAAUUGUAAAAUAUUAUAGCUAUAAACUACGUACAAUAGAGCAUUGGACAUGCUGUCAGAGCUGGAGUGGGUACCAGAUAUACUGGUAACUGUUGUGGCAUGUUGUGACAUUAGUUAACUUUAAGUUCAAAUUAGGUUAGAACCAUAACUUAUGUACAUUAUUUAUUUAACCUUUCAAUAUUCAGUGUGUCCUUCUGCCGUUUUCCUUACAGAAUGAGUCUGAUGUGUUCCAGCGCUUGAUUAGCAAAGAGUUUCGGGAGCUACACAAAUACAUUGCAGAGGAGGAGUCCCACUUCCUGGACAUGGUAGCGAGGAAGGCUGCUGAGCUCAUCAGAUCCAUUGAGUCUCAGCUCAUGCAGAAAAAUGAGAUCCUGAGAACAGUGCGUGAACGAGAAAGACAGCUGGAAAACUUGGGAAAUGAAAACCACCUGCAUUUCAUUCAGGUGACAUAGCCUGCCUGAUACCACAUAAAUUAAGGAUAAAGUCACUAAACUGGUCAUAGUAGAAAAUUGGUGACAGAAUUGCCAAUUUUGAAAUAUUAUUAAAAUUAGUUAAUAGGAAACAUUUAACAUGUCAACAGCUAUAUGGGCCUAAAUUGUGUGAUUCCAUCAUUUUUUCCCCCUACAUUUUCCAUGUUCUCAUAUAGAAAAUAUAUAAUUUCAGCCCAAUUCUAUCAUAUAUUAUACAUCAUGUGGGUUUUAUUUUUAUAACAGCAUGUUACAGUCUAUCAUAAAAUACUUGCAUUAACAUAAACACUACACAAUUAAUCUAUUGAACAUUUCCUGAAGGAAUCUGUUUAACUGCUCAAGUAACUGAAUAGCAAUGCAGCUGUUGGACAAAUCUCUAGAAUCACAGAGGAAUUCGGCAUCAGUUCAUCUGAUAAACUAUCAUCUGACCAUAACAGCUGCCAAAUUUUUUUGUCAAUAGAGACACAUGUAUCCAUAUGAUGAAAUUUGGCCAGAAUUUAGUAGAAAAGUAUGUGUUUUCUUUAUAAUAACAUGGGAUUGUAGGUAUUUGACAACAAAUUUGCUAAACUAAGGUCAAAGUCACCGAAUUAUAAGAACAGCGGAAUUGGUGGAUAUAUGACCCUACAUUUUAGAAAUAUGCUCAUCAAUUCACAACAAAUCACUGCUUGGUGACAAAACCCGAAAUUAUGUUUGGAGUCUGCAGUAGCCAGUAAUGAUUGCCCAGAAUUGUGCCAACACUUUGUUUUAACCAACUUUGUGCACCUAAGGAAUGUGGGUAUUAUAAAUUCCAUAUUUUAAAAUCCUGAGUACAUUUUUUAUAUCUCCCAAAGUUUCAAAUGGACAGAGAGGGACACUUUAGUUUUACAGGUGAAUGGGGAUGUGGCAAGUGGCAGGGUUGUUCCAAUAAAUUGUUUGUGAUUUACAAAUUACAAUUUAUAGAACUUAAAUGUAAUUUAGCUAAAAACAAUGUAUCUAAUGUACACAGCACAGUUUUUAAACACACUUAUUGGUCAGAUGGAGAUCUGGGGAAUUUGAGGUCAAGGCAACACCUUCAACUCUUUAUCAUAUUUCUUAAAUCAUUCCUAAAUAAUUUUCACAGUGUUGCAGAGUGCAUUCUAUUGCUGAAACAGACCACUGCUAUCAGGCAACACAAUUGCCAUGGUAUGUGGUCUGCAACAAUCUCUAAGUAGGUGGUAUGUGUCAAAUUACCAUCCACAUUAUUAUCAAGACCCAAGGAUUCCCAGCAGAACAUUGCUUCAAGCAUAACACUGCCUCUCCUGGCCUGCCCUCUUCCUAUAGUACAUCCUGCUGCCAUCUAUUCCCCAGUUAAAUGAUGCACACGCACCAGGGCAUCAACAUGAUCUAGAAGAAAAUGUGAUUCAUCAGACAAGGCAACCUUCUUCCAUUUCUCCAUGGUCCACUUCUGAUGCUCAUGUCCCCAUUGUAGGUGCUUUUGGUGGUGGACAGGAGUCAUCAUAGGCACUCUGACCAGUCUCUGGCUAUGCAGACCCAAACACAGCAAACUGCAAUACACUGUGUGUUCUGAGUCCUUUCUAUCAUGGCCAGCAUUACAUUUGUCAGCAAUUUGAGCUUCACUAGCUCUUCUGUGUGAUCGGACCAGACGGGCUAGCCUUUGCUUCCAAAGUGUGUCAAUAAGCCUUGGUUGCCCAUGACCGUGAAGCCAGUUCACCGAUUGUCUUAGCUUGCACCACUUUUGCUAAGUAGUAACCACUUCAUUCCAGGAACACACACACACAAAAAUGACUGUUUUUGUGAUGGUGUGACCCAAUCUUCUAGUCAUCACUAUUUGUCCCUUGUCAAAGUCACUCAGGUCUUUUUCUCUUGCACAUUUUUUCCUGCUUCCAAUACAAGAGAUUCAAGAAUGGACUGUUUAUUUAUUUAUUGCCUAAUGUAUCCCACCCCUUGAAAGGUACCACUGUAACAAUAAAAUCAAUGCUAUUCUUUUCACUAGUCAGUGGUUUUAAUGUAGAGGCUGAUCAGUGAAUUUAGUUCUUUAUAUUUGUCAUACAUAGAUAUAUGUGCCAAAAAAUGGUAUUUCAUUUUCACUAAUAUUUAGUUUGUAAGCCUGCUGUCUGUCUGUAUAACAUCAAUUCACUAAAAUAGUAAUUUAACAGAAAUACUCCGAUUUAGGUAUUGUAAUCUAAAUUUUCAAUUUGACUUUUAAUUUACUUUGAAUUCUUGAAUACUCACAGUUUACUCUAUAACCCUGAUAGUAUAUAAAAUUUCUACAAAACCAGCAGAGUUCUCUAGUCAUGUUGUGUCUAUAUGUCUAGUGAUAUAUUUCUCUGUCCGUAGGUCCUAUUUUGAUUAUUUGCUAAAUAUGUGCUGUUGAACUUUUUCACUCAAUGUUAAUAUGCUAUGUUUCAAAUAAGUGUUAUCCUGAUUUUUUUCCAGUAGCUUAUUGAAGGAGGUAUUUUUGCAGAGUAGAAACAUUACAUUAGCGUGUUUAAAGGCCAUAUUGUAGUAACUGCACAUAAAAUGUCUUUGGUUUUCUAGAGGAUUAACAAAAGUGUAAUUUUAUUAUGCUUUCUCUUUCUUUUAUUUCGCUCAGCAGCAAAAAAAUAAACAUGAGAGAAAUCAUAUAUAAAAAUAAAAACAAAACUGCAUAGACACAUCAUAAUCACUUAAACUGAGUAUGAUUCAUCACAGAUGUGACAUCACCAACUCUUUCUUUGUUGCACCUUCAGGGCAGUAAAGAUCAUCGCAAUCUACUCACAUUUUUCACUCAGAAAGUCUGGGUUCUAACGCAUAGUCUGCCCCGUGGGUAAUGCCAGCACUGCCCAGUCUAAUGAGCCCGAAAGGCUUUCGAAAGUUGGACUUAAGUUAGUCAACAUGGCAAUUAAUGAGCCAGGGGCGGCCAGUAAAGGCUUAUUGUUUGGCAAGUUUUUCGUGAAAAAUUUAGGUAAUUUUGUGAAGACGUUUACUGCUUUGGAUAAGGCAGAAAGCUGCAUAAAAGGGUGUUCUCACCCAAGAUUUUUUAGGGGCCGAAAAAGCAAGAAGCAACUGGCCGGCGUUGGUGCCCAUGGUUUCCAUUUCUUUCCAACAAAGCUUGGAAGGGCAGACUUGCUCUUUCUUCUCAUAUAUGGGCUAUGGUAACUUUGGAUAUCUUGGUUCUGCAAACUGUUCAGGGGCACCGUUUGAAAUUAGUUUCUGUUCUGAUACAGAUAUCACCACCUCCAGAACUAAUGAUGUUCCAAAACGACUGAUAAUUGAUUUCCAGCAAGAACAUCUAAUCACUUGCAAAGAAUGCUAUACAAAAAAUCAUCCAGUGCCUGGAGGUGUCAGAGCUAAUUUCCCCUUCGGUUCCAGGAGGGAGGUGGCGGUUCCAGGGCCCCAGUCAAGCUACGGCAACUGAAGGCAAGAAGUGCUGCGGUUUGUCCCCUGGUCCAGCUAGGAAGCGGUCCUUUGGUGGAGGUACCCAGUCGGGGUGCCAGGUGAUCCGUUAUAAUAUUCUUCAAACAUCUUGCAUACAUAAUCGGCCUGCUUGCAUCAUUCAUUCAGACAAUUUUCCCAGGCCCUACAUUAUCAGGCGCUUUAGUGUUUUAAAACAUCUUAUCUAUGCUCCUGUCAUUCCUACGAAGCCUGUAUUCCUCUAGAUGCAGAAUUCAGGGGAAAACUGACAUGGAGGUUCGCUUACAUGUGGAAUGGAUGGGCCAUCAUUGGAUCCACAUCAGAUCUUACACUGUUGGAGUGCACACUGCGGGACCAUUUCCACUGAUGGCAGAUGGUUCGUCAAAGAAUCUUAUCUCCACAUCAACUGUCUGGAGUUACUGGCGUACUCAUUUGCCAUUCACAGUUUUUCCCCCAAAGACAUAUCGUGUUCGAUGUUUCUCAGAAUGGACAACAUGUCAGCAGUCUGAUACAUAAAUCACCUAGAAGGCACAAAAUUAAAAGUCUUAGCUGUUGUGGCUCGAGGUUUCUGCCAUUAUUGUUUUCUUCACAACAUCUCUUUUUUGGGGGCGGAACCAGGUCUAGCCAACUCAACAGCAGAUUGGAAUUCAUGUUAUCUCCAGGAUUCCAGAAAUGGCAUCUACACUGUUUGAUAUUAUUGAAGCUCUACAAGCUGUGGGGUCCUCUGCACAUCAACCUAUUUGCUUCCUGGCUGAAUGCUUAUCUCCUUUGUUUAUUCAGACUGGAUUAAGCAGCUUCAGUGGUAGAGGCAUUUCUACAGGAUUGCUAUUCGGCAUGACAUUAUGCAUUCCUGCCGUUCAACCUCAUCUCGAGGGUCCUUACCCACCUUCGUCUUCACGAGGGUAUAGUGGUUCUUAUCACUUUCUUCUGGAGAUCUCGAACUUGGUUCCGAUGACUUCUGGAAAUAUUGAUAGAUUUUUCACAAUUGUUACCAGACAUGGUUUCUUUCCAGCUUUAUCCAGAAGUUACACAUUUUACUCAAUCAAGGGCUAACUCAUCUUGGCUUGGCUGAUUUCUAAGCACUCUGGACAAUUGUUGGAGUUACACAAACAACUCUCCAUUUCCUUGUACAUGCCUGGGCACCAAGACCUAGAUGCUCAUACCAUGCAGUGUGGUAGUCAUGGUCUCAUUGGUGCAUGGGACCGUCUUUGGCUCCCCUAUCUGCACCUCUGAAUGGCAUUCUUCAUUUCCUCACCAGUUUCCUCAAAAGUAGACUUUUGCUUCUUCGCUUGUUAUCUAAACACGUGUCAGAUGUCCGAAUUUGAAUUGAUCUGCAUGUGCUUAUGUGCCUGAUGGUAUGUCCUUUGAUAGCUCUCAUAGAAAAAAAAUCUUUGAGAAAACCUUUUUUUUUUUAAUCUGCCUAUUCCGACCAAACAAAAUCUCUGUUUUAAUGUUUCCAGGAUAUGAAUUGCACACAGAAUCUGUUUGAUCUUCGGUAGACCCUUCCUUUUUUAUCUCUUUUCAUAACUCAUCAACCACCUUGACCUGAUGGGUAAAAUGGCUGUUGUCGUUGGCAGGCAUUGAUAUCACUUUUUUCUCUACACAUUCUGUUCUAGGGGUCAUGGAUUCAAAAGCAUCAGUGGUGGCUUGCCGUUUGGACGACACCUGCCCACCCUUUUUUCUUUUUUGGCCUUCAGCUGUUUUAUUUUCCAUUUUUCAUGGUAAGUUGGUGUUUCUAGGAAUUUUUUGCUGAAAGGUUGAAUUGCUUCUGAAUAUUGUCUUAUUCUGCUGCCUUUUCUCUGACAUUCAUUAUUAAUUUCAUAAAAAUGUUUGUCUCAUAUGGUCAAGAUUCUAUGCAUGUAUAAUGGAUAUAUACAUACAGAUAGAAAUACUGUAGAAAUAUUACCAUAUUUCUUUUCUCUAGUCUGAAUCAUCGUCAUCAUUUCUUUAAAGAUCUGUUGGUUGAUCGGUUCUUUGUUCGAAUCCUGUUGGUGGUAUUUCUGGUUCUCGUGAUCUGGUUUUUAUGGUCUCCGGAAUCCGCAAGAAAGACGAGGUGCUAGAUGAUGUCACACCCUCUAUGGGUCAUAACUCAGUUGUCAUUGGUUAUGAUUUUUCUAUGCAGUUUUGUUUUUACCUUUAUAUGAUUUAUCUCGUGUUUUUCUUUGUUGCUGAGGUAAAUAAAAGAAAGAGAAUGCAUAAUAUUUGCCUCUGUGUCAUUAAUAAAAUCAUCACUUUACGUCAUGUUAAUAGUAAAAUAUGGUAAUUAUUGUGUAUAUAAUCACUGAUCCAAAACAAUCUAAGAAAAAAACAUUGCACAAUUAUUUAGUACUACCACUGUGACCACUGUUUUACAACUUCCCAUAUGAUUGGCAUUAGAAAGGCAGAUUAACCCUUUAGGUCCAUCUGUGUCUUACCUGUAUUUUUCAUUUAUUUAACUCUUGCAUUUGUUUUUGUUUACAGAAUUAUGCUGUGGUCACAUCUAAGUAAGUAUGUGAGAAAAUAGGUCCCGCCAGGUAGUGUUUGAAGGUAAUAGGCAAACAAAGAACUGAUGGUCUAUAUCUUCUCUCCCAGUUCACAGACACCUCUCCCACGCUCCGUUGAAAAGCCUUACACUGCUGUCUCUUUUAAGCCAGGGUUCCGACAAGAUGACAUCAAGCUCACCGUCUGGAAGCGCCUACACCGCAGAAUACUGCCAAGUGAGAAAUAUUCUCCUUUGUCAUCCUAUGCAUGUACAAUGUUACACAUAAUCACCCAGCACAUUUCAAGUGUCACAUAACCUUCUGUCAUUAAAGGGACACUGUAGGCACCCAGACCACUUCAGCUAACUGAAGUAGUCUGGGUGCUGUGACCCUCUUGCACUUAGUGCUGCGAUGUAAAACACUGCAGUUCCAGCACUACAUUUGCCCUCUGUGGCUGUCUCACAGACAGCCACUAGAGGGCUUCCGGAAUCCAAAUAUUGCUAGUGCAUCUGGAUUUAUCAUUAUAAGUGUUUUCUGUAGGCAAUUAUACACACAUGCUCAUAGCUAGGACAUGUCCAGAGGCUCACUAAAACUUGAGUUUUCAUUUUUUAUCCUGGCCAGCAUUGGGAGGCUUAACGUUGGUAUGGAAAAGGGAAAGGGUUGAAAGUGGUGACGUGCCACUGGUGCCUCUUGUGUCACUGUUGUGUUCGUGGAUAUGCAAGGGAAAGCCAUUCCAAUGCAAAUGGAAGCCAUAAUGACAGGUAGUUUUACAAACAGGGCCCCACAAUAUGCAGAGAUCUGGUGAAGUACUCUUUUACAAGUAGAAAUACUGUAGAAAGCAUUUAAGCAUGAGCUUGCAUUCCAGUCCAGGGAAAACCAAAAACCAAAAACCAGGGCCUAAGUAGUGAAUGUCCCACUGUAUCCAUGGCAAUUAUAGCGUGACAUUAAGUUUGAUGGGAGUGUCAAAGUGUUAAAAUGUUGAAAUCUGACAGAAUUACACUGAUCAGCCACAACUUUAAAACCACUGGAAAACCUUGGGCCCUGGCAUUCUUGUGGAUGUUACUUUAACACGCACCACCUACGUAGAGAUUGUUGCAGACCACACACAGCCCUUCAAGGAAAUGAUGUUCACUGAUGGCAGUGGCCUCUUUCAGCAGGAUAAUGCACCUUAGCACACUGCAAAAAUUGUUCAGGAAUGGCUUUAGGAACAUGACAAAGAGUAGAAGAUGUUGUCUUGGCCUCCAAAUUCCCUAGAUCUCAAUCCAGUUGAGCAUCUGUGGGAUGUGCUGGAACAACAAAUCUGAUCCAUGAAGGCCCAACUUCGCAACUUGCAGAAAUUAAACGUUGCCGUAACCCCACUUUAGAACAGGCUUAGGAGUACUAGAGAGUUAGAAGUUGUUUAGGGUUAUUAAGGACUUAGGGUUUAGUGGUUUUAAGGCUAAGGACUAAAGUUUAGGUUGUAACGGGUUUGUUGUGUUUAAGAUGUCACUUUUAUUGCUCUCAAUCAAGUUUCACCUGUAUUUUACUUUUAAUCAUCGUAUUGGUUAUCUUCUUUAGGUCCAGAGAUUUUGAGGUUGGAUCCACUCACUGCACAUCCCCUUUUAGAGCUAUCCAAAGGAGACACUUUGGUGCAAUGCCGCUCACUUGCCUCCCGUCGGGGGAGCAACCCCGAAGGCUUUGGCCACAGCAGUUGUGUACUGGCAACACGUGGUUUUUCUACUGGGAAACAUUACUGGGAAGUUAUUGUUGGUUCGAAACAGAAAUGGAGAAUUGGUGUGGUCAAGGGCACAGUGAGUCGCAAAGGAAAGCUGAUUCGAGCCCCUGACGCUGGAGCUUGGCUCAUUGGACUUAAAGAGGGACGGUUCUAUGAAGCCUUUACAUCCCCCAGUGUCUCUCUACCCAUCAACACACGGCCACAGCGUAUUGGUAUCUUCCUGGAUUAUGAGAAGGGGGAGCUAACCUUUUAUAAUGCAGACAGCCCAGAUGAGCUGAUGCAAAUAUAUACCUUCCAAACAGAAUUCCAUGGCAAGCUCUAUCCUCUGUUUGAUGUAUGCUGGCAGGAUAGGGGCCCCAAUCCUCUGCCUAUUAUACUACCACAAGUAUAA